AUGGAUAUAGAGACGACAAGCUUAGCCUCGAUGCUCAUUACAAACUGCCUCAUUCUAUCUGGAGUGUUAGUCUAUCUAGCUUUUUACUAUAAAUGGGACAAUAAAUCAUAUGAUGACUUGGUGGAAAAUCAAGCGUCAAGGUAUAAUAAAAACGGAGGUAUCGAAGGAGAAAUAUAUCUGGGUGAAGGUGCUUCUAAUAUAGAAUCACUACUUGGGAAAGAUGAAAGUGGCAUGCAGUAUCUAGCAAGUGGAGCCCAAGGAAGCAGAAGAGUGGAUAGGAAUCCAUUAAGUUAGGAUCUUGAUUUGACCUCAAUUCCUUCAAGAUUUCCAGGAGGAGUGGGUGGCUCAAUAUAUUCGCACAGACACAGUAUCAUUACGUAUGAUCGUGCGAAUUCAUUUUUGAACUUUGGAGUAUCAGGAAGAUAUCAAGCAUCACACUAGUCAGAAUAUAACUACAAUGAGGACACUCAAGGAAAAGAAGAUUUAGGAGAAGCUGAGUAGUUAGUGGUCGAAAGACCUAGAAGCUGGAAAUAACUAUUCAAAACAUUAUAUUCUGUUGAUGAAUAUGAUCUCUUUAAGUUGUAAAAUGCUGAUGGCUAUUUUUAUCUAUUGUUCCUUAAAUAUUCUACUGGCUUAUUUGCUAUCAUUUUGCAUGAUUCAAAAUUCAAUUACAUUUUGACAGACAUUAAGUCACUUGACAAGCUUACUAUAUCAGAUUCACUUUAGAACCCUUAAGUAGUAAUGGUGGUAGUAAUAUUCACAGUCAUCUUCACUAUCCUUGCCUACUUUAUGAUCAUUAAGUUUUCACAAAAAAUGAGUACUUUUUAAUUUGCCCCAUAGAAUGAAUACCUUGAUAAUUUUGCAGCCAUACAUUCUAUAAUGAUUAGAGGAGUAAAUAAAAAGCUAGGAUCAGAUGUAGCAAAUCAAAUGAUUAGGAAGGUAUUUGAAGAGAGAUUUGGCCCAAAUAAGGUUGUUAGAGUAUAGACAGUUAGAAACACAGACAAUGUCCAACAUUUAUUUAGGAGAAGACAGAUUUAUCAAAGAAGAUAUAAUCACUAUAAAAACUAGAAUAACUUGUAAAAUUACAAGGACAUGAUUAUCAUCGGUUCAAGACUCAGAUGCAAUCGUAAAAUAGUAGAUGCUGAGGAAUAUUUUCUAAAGAAAUUUGAACAAGUAGAGGUUGAAUGGUAAUUACUGAAAUAAAAAGCAUUAACAGCAAACACUGGAGUUUCAUUCGUGUCCUUCAGGGAUAAAGAUUGCGUUUCAGAAACUAUAGAUGAAAUUGACAUAGUAAAAACUACUUUGAUUGGCAAAGAUCACUAUGAAUAACUCCAUAUUUAAAAUUGGGAAGUUGAAUAAGCCCACUCGGCUGGAGAUAUAAUUUGGACUGAGAUCAAUAAGGGUAAAACUAGAUCAUGGCCAGUUAGGCUAUUACUUUCUUUCUUACCCACCACUCUAUCAGGAGUUACUGUAUUUGGCUUAGUUUACAUUGAUUAGACUUUAAAGUAUGAUACUCUUUUAUCUUUAACAGUCUUUUUCAAAUACGGUAUCUCACUUUUUCUUUGUCUCUUUAACUACUAUAUUCUGCCAUAGAUCAUAUUCAAAGUAGUUUAAUUAGAAAGGAACGAGCUAAAAUCAGCCAAAGAACAGUCAUUCGUUACAAAGAAUAUCAUACUAAUGAUUAUGAACAGUUUGAUAUUCCCAUUCAUCGCAAGCUCUAUCUUUACUUCAAUCCUUGACCAUGUUCAUGAACUUGGGCCUGCUUCUUAAUCACCAAAAAUUCCGAAAAAUGUUAUCACUUAGACGGACUAAGAUGUUACUAACAAAAUGAGACUUAAUGAUCAAACAAAUAUUUAACUCCUAUUUAGCAGCUAGCUUGAUAAUGAAAUAAAUGAAUUUAUGGCUAGAUGUAUCUCAAACAGUUAAGAAUUUUUUUCAAGAUAUUUGCUUCAAGUUUUAUUGAUAUUUAUCUGCUGGUAAUUAUUUGUGAAACCUAAGAAAAUCAUAAAAGCCUUUCAUUAAGUACUAGCUUCUGGCCAAAAAUAUAAAUUCAAGCAUUGGUUUUACGAUAUUGGAUUCAGAAAUUCAGUUGCAGUUUCUUUGUUUAUUUUUACAUUAUUCUUCUCCAUUACUGUGCCAUUAAUCUUGCCGUUUGCUACUGCAAUCUUUUUCUUAAUGUACUAUGUUGAAAAGUAUAACUUGAUCUACAUUUACCCAAUAGAUUUCGAGUCAAAGGGAAUGUACAGAAAAUCGCUAAUAUUUUACUCAAUCAUUGGUAUCAUCAUAUUUUAGCUAGAAAUGUUUGUUAUUUCUGGCUCUGUUUUGAGUAAACGAUUUAACAUCUACUUAUUUGCCUUCCUCAUUAUUCAAGCUAUGGUUGUAUUUACUGUGUUUGAAUUCAUCAGGAAACCUUGGGAGGGCAAGGAACUAGAGAUAGAGAAGGCUAUUCAGUAGCAAGCCAACAAUAUCUUUGACACUAUCAGCUACUAUGACGAUUUUGAACCAACGCUGAAAGACAACAUAGAUGGUAAUAGUACAAUAGAUGUUAGAUAGUAAUAAGAUAAAUUGGCUUAGUAAGCUGGAAAGAUCUAAGAAAUCAACUACAGAAAUGAGAAGAUAAAUGUGCUUAGUAGUGCUUAUGACAAUCCUUUGGAGAUAUUCCUAUUUGAAAACUAUGGUGAAAACAACUAUGGUUAUAAUGUAGAUGAGGAACUCUUGAAUGUAGUAACUUCUCCUAAGGGUUCAUAAGGUAAUAUCGGACAGAGAACAUCAAGAGGCUAUUCUAUUCCUCAAAGGAGCACUUUAUCCCAAGGAUAAACAGAUGGUAAAAUGUUUAACUUCCCUGAUGAUGGAGGAAGCACUGCAAAUUUAGAAGAAGGCGAAUAAAUGUUUGCAGAUGGAAAUAAAAAGAUCAUGAGGACUCCAAAUCUUGGACGUUUAGCAUCAGCUAAUAUAAUGGGCUAGAUUAAUACAGAUUAAUUUGACAGUGCUAGAAAACAUAGUGCAUUCAGAAGAGAAUCAAAUGUAAUGAAUGGUCGUAAUAGUCAUAAUUUUAGUAAAUCACCAACUAGAAUUGAUUCUCAAAAAAAUUGA